AUGUCCAUGUCCAUGUCCAUGUCAAUGGGAGGCAUGGGCGGCAUGUCCGGCAUGGGCCAUAUGUCCAUGGGCGCCGGCGUGCCAGAUCCUUUCUAUCUUCAGAGGAUGUACUGGGCAGUGGUAGGAAGUGCUAUUGGAGCUGCUGCCCUCGUCAACUUCUUCAAUUGGUAUCUGGCUCGUCAGAGACUGCGAGAUUCGACCAACACUCCUGCUAAACCCAAAUCGAUAUUCUUCGUAUUCUGCGCUACUGCCACAACACUGGUACGCGAAGCAAGUUAUGCGACUAUACCUCCGUUAUCUUUCAAAGGCCGUACCUUUUAUUUUGCUCCUCUGGGACCGGUUGCCAUCAUCCUUGCCAACAUAGUCACGCUUAUGGUGCUUUGCUUCUACAAACUGGACACAACAAACCAGUGGAAAUGGGAGGACGUGGGCUACCGCACGGGAUUCAUCACCAUUGCGCAGUUGCCAUUAAUCUUUCUGCUGGCUGGGAGACAGAAUAUCAUCGGAUAUCUGGCUGGCAUGGGCUACGAACGACUCAAUUGGUUUCAUCGAUGGAUCUCUCGGACUUUGUGGCUGACGGCCACCAUCCAUAUGGGCUUCUGGUUUCGUGACUGGGGUCAAUACGACUAUAUCACGUACCAACUGAAAAACGAUGCCCUGGCGAAGCGUGGAUUUGCGGCAUGGAUAAUUUUAAGUUUCAUCGUCAUUUCCUCCGUCGCUCCCGUGCGAAAUAUAAGCUAUGAGUUCUUCGUGUUACAGCAUCUUGUCACGUUUGUGGGCUUCAUAGUCGCCGUAUGGCUUCAUGCUCCGAAUGAGGUUAAAGCCUGGGUGUGGAUCCCGAUUGGACUGCUGAUCUUCGAUCGUGUUGCACGAUAUGCAUGGGCUACCUACGCCAAUCUGUCGAUCUUUCACCGUUCGGCCAACCCCAAACAUCCACUCUGGGCAAAUCGCGCCUCCUUCACACCGUUGCCAGGGAACGUGACUCGCAUAACGAUUGAGAACCCUGGCAUCAGUUGGAGGCCGGGUCAGCAUGUGUUCCUCACCUGCCACUCCAUUGUGCCACUGCAAUGCCAUCCGUUCACCAUCGUCUCCCUUCCGGAGGAUAACAAUAUGGAAUUCUUGGUCCGCGCAGCAAAGGGUGGCACGAGACUAUUUUUCCGCUACGCAUCCAAGAACCAUCAAAUUCUCGGCUCGGGAGGAACAUCGCCACAAAAGGGGGAGCGCACUGUAUUUAUCGACGGUCCAUACGGAAUGUACAGGUCACUCCGCCAAUUCGACUCCGUCGUUUUAUUAGCAGGAGGCACGGGUGCGACAUUCAUAAUUCCCUGUCUCAGGGAUAUUGUGGCGGCAUGGAAAGGAGAGUCGCAGCACCAAGAUUCCAAAACACGACAGGCCGCAACCAAACGGAUCCGAUUCGUGUGGGUGAUCAAAUCACGCGCUCACUUGAGCUGGUUUGACUCGCAGCUGCAGACAGUGCUUGCAGCCGUCGAUGAGUGCCGAAGCAACCAACCAGGCCUUAUACGAGAAAUAGAGAUGAGCAUCUACGUCACUUGUGAUGAGGCACUGGAGCCAACUAGCACCACAAUAGACCGGACAAUAUGUUCACAAGCACAAACCAUCACCCCCUCUUCAGCUGAAAUGCAUGAUGAAAAGGGGCCAAUAACCCAAAAAGAAGACAAUGUCACAGUUCAACCGAUCUCCUCUAGCUCAUCCUCCAACCAACCAGCGACAGGGUGCCUUCCAAAGGGUGGGUGCUGCUGUACAGACCGCGUCGAAGAUGAGGAUGAAAUCACCGAACAGCACCAUUGCACCUGUUCUGGACAUGCAGCUGUCCCUACUAGCCCUGUCAUUGAAAACAAGAUUGGCGAGAAAGCCACGUCCAACAUGUCACCAAUAAAAAGCGCCCUUCCCAUUUUCUCUGGCCGCCCACAACCACGGACCAUCAUCCGAAAAAUCCUGGAGAAAGCCGAAGGCGAGAGUGCGGUGGUGGUCUGCGGACCACGGGGACUAUCAGAUGAAGUCCGCCGGAGCGUAGUGUCUCUUAGUGAUGAACGGGCUGUGCAUAAGGGGACUGGUGCUCAGGGGAUUUAUUUGCACGUUGAGAGCUUCGGAUGGUAA